GGAUAAAUAAAUAAAAAGAGCCCAAAAAAAAGAAAGAGACUAAAAGAAACAGAGCAAACCUCUGUCUUCCUUUUUUGACGAGCGGUGAUGUCUUCUCUCAACUUCCAUGGCUGACAUCUCACCUUCCCUAAUUCUCCCCAAACCUACCACAAAGUCUCUUUCUUUCUCCUAAAACUUCAUCAUCAAACACCCCUAGGGUUUUUUUCAAUCCAUUUUUUUUUUGUAUUUUUGAAUUUUUUUCUAAUGGAUGCGAUCUUCUCCCCCGCCGUGGAACCUGAAGGAGCCACCGACUCAACCAUCGACACAGUUUCUCGCUUGGUCUCCGGCGCUUUCUCCGGAGCUCUUACUGGUUUUUUCGCUAUGGCUGGAGCAUUCACAGGAGCAGUAACUGGUGCGGUGGCAGGAAGAGCGGCACAGUACGGAGUCCUCCGUGGGGCAGCACUUGGCGCUGUAGCUGGAGCUAUUCUCUCUGUUGAAGUCUUGGAGGCUUCUCGUGCCUACUGGUAUUUAGAGCUAUCAGGAUCUAGGGGUCCUUCAUCUAUGGCAGAUUUUGUAGAGCAACUGUUUCGUGGGAGACUAGUAGAUGAACAGCUUAUGUCAACAAUGAUACAGUCACACCACUGGCAGUUAAGGAUAUCAGAUGUAAGCUAUGAAGGGAGGGAUGAUGUUUAUGGUGAAUUGGAACCCAGAGGCUUAACAGGUGACUCGUUAAGAAAACUACCAUGCUAUAUCAUGUCAAGUGAGAUGACCAAGAAGCAAAUCAUUCACUGCACUAUUUGUCUACAGGACAUUGCAGUAGGCGAAAUCACACGAGGCUUACCGAGAUGUGACCAUACGUUUCACCUGGUUUGUGUUGAUAAAUGGCUCAUCAGACAUGGAUCAUGCCCUAUUUGCAGACAGGCCGUUAAAGAUUGAAAAACACCAUUGUUGCUGAGGAGUGUAUAUGUAGCAAAACCCAUUGUCCUUAUAUGUUGUUGUAAGUCUCUGAGUCCUUAUUUCAAUCUAUCUUUGUUACUUUCAAAUAUAGCAUCAUCCAUAGGUUUCUACUUUUGAAUGUAUACUAUUGUAGACAUGAAUAAUAACACCUACAGAUAUGUUGGAGAAAAAAAUAUAGAACUCAGAUUAAGUUAUGCA